AUGCUACCACUUGCUCCUAAACAGCUGGUUCAUCGUAAAGCCCUCCUGAAACCACACAACAAGCACACUCGCACGCAGACUCUGAGCAAUGGCCACACUGUGGCUGCCAAGGUUGCGCGAGCACGCCAUGUACAAUGCACUGCAAGAUCAUCUCUUUCUCCCUCUCAAUGGAAAUCUUCAGUACAGAAGAAUUCUAUUGACCUUUCUGGCAUAGAUAAUCUCGACAAUGAUGACAACGAUCCUGAGGACGUUCCCGAAGAUGAUUCUGAUUCUGAAGAGGAGGAAAUUCUACGUAAAAAACAUCUCAGCGACCAGGAUUAUACUGACUUGGAUCCUGUCACUCGACGCAAGCGGCUUCACUUUGAAAACAUCAUGGACGGUCUUAGCCACACGGGGAAAGUUGACAAAGGAAAUCGCACAUUGAUGGCUUACCACAGGGGUGCGAGGUACAUUCCUCGUGGCAUUGGACCCUUUGUGAACCCGAUGCAGGCUAUACAGCUCGAGUUGCGAGCAUAUCAACAUGUCGAAAACAGUGAUGACAACGACGAUAAUAUGGAUGACAAUGAUCUUCCAGAGGAGCUCUCUGCAAACCAGCGCCAAGAGCUUGAAUAUGCUUACAAGGCCACAUUGGAUAUUAUCCCAGGCUUAAAGGUCGAUAUUGACCUCUUUGAAGAAGAUCCGAGUGCUGUCCACAUCCUCGCAAAUUAUCUUGAUGCUCACCUGCGCAGCGCUCACUCUGAUGAUGUUGCCUCGCUUAAGGUGAGGGUGAUCAACUAUAUACCUAGGCUGGACGGCUACCCCAUUCUCAACUCGGAUGACCCUAAGUGGGAAUGUGGAUUUGUCAGCAUCACAACGGGGCGGCAGCUCUGCCCACAAAUCUUGUUACAAGAGUUUGAUGAGGAUCCCGUAAGCUUCUGCCGCCGAGUGAGAGACGGUGAGACCAGAAUCCUAUCAGAUGAUUACCCUUUGUUCCUCUAUGACCAGGCUGAGUAUGACCCCGAUGAGCUUGAUGCAGGGCUUUUAAAGGGUCCACUAUUGGUUGCGUGUUUCAAGUCACUCUUCACCGGACCUCGCACAGCAAAGAACACUGGUAGUGGGAAGCAAAGGGGACCUGGUCCACUGCCACUGGCACAAAUCUAUCGGCUCAGCCAGGUGAGCCCCCGAAAUCUUGCUUAUGUUGCGGUACUGGUUCACUUCAUGCUCAAUGGUCAAGAGAAAUGGUUAUCAGUUGACAGCAAUUUUAACAGUGAAGACUUCUUUAAUGCCAUUGUGAAGCUUUUUGAGGACAUUGGGUGGGCAGAAAUGACACUUGCAUGGUGGAACAAGAAGAUCUAUGGCACACCAACCAACAACAACCAAGAUCCAUUCGCAAGCGGCGCGAGCAUGUCUACUGCUGCAUCAAGACUGGCGGCCCAGCGUGCAGUGCAUGCACAAGCUCAGACUUGA